CGACAUUUUGAAGCACUAGCACAAUCGUCUGUAUUUAUAUCAAUUGAUGGUUCAGUGUAUAUGAACGCAAAACAAGCUGAUUUAUACGCAAAAUAUAAUAGCAUUAUGUGCAUCAUCGGUCUGUUUGAUGAUUACACGAAAGAGAUGACGAUACUUUUGUUCACUUCAGUUUUGUAGUUCGGUUUUAUUUUUUUCUCUUAUUGUCCGCUUAGGCAAACAAACGUCAAAUCGUGGGAUGGUCAUUUUCGUGACAAAGUAACAGCGUGAUUUUUGACAUUUUGUCGGCAACUGCACAAUAACAGAGAAUAGCAACAGAGUGAGUGUGUUUUUUUUAGUGUUUUUUUUUCUCAAACCCCUUCACAUUAAUCAUGGCAACAACUUUAAGCGAAUUACGGUCGAAAUGUCGUUUGUGUUUCACAAGAAAGGGAGAAAACGAUGUAACAAAUGGGCCAAUCUUACAGCAAAAAAUACAUGAACUCUUUGGUAUUGAGAUCAAAGACACGGACAGAUAUUCAAAAAUGAUUUGUUCAAACUGCACAAGCAAAACGCAUUUAUUUACUUUUCACAAAAAGCGGGUUGAAUUAGGUCAAGACCUGUACACGGCACUGGUUGAAAUGCACGAAAAGGUAUUCAAGUCAAAAAUGAAGAAUCUUCAAGAUUUACAAUCAAAAUGUCGUUUGUGUUUUGUAGAAGUUGGCAAGAAGGACAUUACAGCUUGCCCAAGUUUACUGAAUGCAAUACGUGAGCUACACGAUAUUGAAAUUAAAGAAGCAGACGUGUACACAAAAAUGAUUUGUGCAGAUUGCGCAAAGAAUACGAGCGAAUUACAAGUUCAUAAACAAGAGGUGGAAUCCGGAAAGCUGUUGUUUUAUAUGGUAGAGAUAGAUGACAUCCAAAAUGAUGCGUCACAGCCUGGUUCAAGUGGAGUUAUAUCAGCAACGGCUACAGCAAAAGAAUAUCAACUUAAUCCUACACCACCGUUGAAUGAAAAACCACCCACGCCUGGUAAAUUUCUGGAUUUGAGCGAUUCCAGGUACAAAUUCAAACGAAAAAGCCCUCCCCUCUAUAUGAAAUGCUUAAUCAAGAAUCAUAAAGCUAGGGGCCAAGGAAGAAAAUACUAGCACAUUGUAAUUUAUAUAAUGCGGUAUCGUUUUGUACUCUCCCUCUCUCUCUGAUAAUUAUUUUUCGUAUUGGAUUGUAUUAUAUGAAUUAUGUAUAAAUACACAAAAAAGAGAUCGGUAAUAGAUACACCAUCUGAUGGUGAAAUUGUGAAUUACCAUCAUUACUACCAAUAAAAUCAGUGAUUUAUUGGUAUAUUGAAUUUAAGAGAACAGCAGUGGUUGUGUAUUUGAUCAAUUAUUCGACUUCGAACUGAGCUAGUAGUAUUUUACUAUUUAAAUUACCAAUAUAAGACUUAAAAUAUAAGUAUCAGUAUGUUGUACAGAUGAUUAGGGCUAUUGAUCAUAAAAAAAUACGAGCUCGCAAAAUGUUGCCAGUAAAGGUUGUAAUUUGAAAUUUUACCACCAGAUGGCUGAACUGUUACAGAUGUUAUUUUGUGUGUAGAUAAGAUAUCUAACAUUAAGAUUCUCAUAUUUCAGUGAAAACUAGGGGACGGACACCAAUAGCCAUUUUUUUUAAUGGGUAGUCAAAUUCCGGUCGAUUCCAAAAUUUCAAAAAAUCGUUUAUACCACUAUAAUGUACAAAAAUUAUCAUCGCAGCAACGAUAUAUUUUGGGCUAAAGAAGAAGGGCUAGAAGUACUUUACACAGACUUCAGUAAGGCAUUUGACAUUGUUGAUCAUUCGAUUCUGAUUUCAAAACUUCACAAUUUCAAUCUGCCACCAAACUUAAUCGAUUGGAUCAAAUCGUAUUCGUCAAAUCGUCGUCAAUUUGUGAAAUAUGGGCAAAUGAAAUCAAGUGAGUUUGUUGCUAACUCAGGGGUGCCUCAAGGUAGUCACUUGGGCCCCACCCUAUUUUUACUUCUCAUCAACGAUAUUGUAAAUUCCAUUGCGGAUGACGACAUUUUUCUCUCUCUGUUUGCUGACGAUUUGAAAUUGGCAACUUCAAUCACUGACACCAAUGACACUAUCAAACUUCAAGUGGCAAUUGAUAAAUUAAAGAACUGGUGCGAAGCAAACAAACUUUACCUAAAUCUCGACAAAUGCUCUGUUAUGUCGAUAUCGAAAAGGAGAGAGAGAAUCAUGUGCUCCUACUCAUAUGGCAGUCACAAUUUUAAGAGAGUAAGCGCACAAAGAGGACUUGGGAGUAAUUUUUGACAGCAAAAUCAACUUCAUCAAUCACAUCGAUUCAAUCGUGGCCAAAGCAACAUCAGCGCUCGGAUUCGUAAAGAGAUUCUGCUACGAUAUUCCUGAUGUUAAUACUCUCAAGUCAUUAUACUGCGCCCUCGUACAAUCAAUCUUGGAGUAUGGCAGUUUAGUAUGGCUACCGUACCAUGGCAUUCACAAGAACAAAAUUGAAUCUUGCCUUCGUCAGUUCUCAAUGUUUGCACUCGAGGAGUAUCCAAACAUCUCGAAUCACUACAAAAUAUCAUCGUACAGCGCUCGCCUGGGCAAACUAAACAUGCAAUCACUCCAAAGGCGCCGUAUAAACGCAUCAAUUUUAUUCAUAUUCGACUUGAUGCAAAAUAAUGUUCACUGCCCAUCACUGAAGACUGAAAUGGCCCGCAAUCAAAAUGAACGUAACUUGAGAAGUGUCGAGUACUUCAAAAUCAAUGACAAAUGUCAAAUAGGGUCCACGAACUAUUUUCAAUGCAAUCAAAGAGAUCAACUUUCAAAAAUCGACUUUUAGCCUUAAGCGAUGAUCACUUGUCAUUGGUGUCCAAUUAUAACACUGUUUUCUUAAACGAGCAAAUGUGAUACAUUGUGAUUUAUUUUUUUAUAUAGAUAUAGUAUUUAAAAUUAUAUUUAUUUAUUAGUUUCCGACUCAUCGUAUCCGCGUGCAAUUUGAAAAUAUUAACUAUUUAUAAGCGUUUUUUGCUGUUUGACGGGAUAACUUUUAGCUAUUACAGUAAGACGUAGCUAAUUGUUUAUUCAUUUAUUUGUUAUAAAGAUGUAAUUUUAACUUUUGGCCAUGGGGGGCGUAGUGACCACUGCGAAUUCGGCGGCCCCAUUCGGUCUAUUUACCUAUAUCGUGCAGCCUGGGAUGGUGGCUGAGUGGUCAUUCGUACUACUGACCCGGGCUGGUGGACCGUGUGGGUGACCGUUAGAAUAUUGUAUGUGGUCGUAAGAUUAUUAUUGAAAAGAUGUGGUUUUUAACUGUGAUCACAUGUUCACCAUAGUAUAUCACUGAUUCAUACCUUUUUCCCACCAACAAAUGUAUAAAAAAUUGUAAAAACUCAGAUGAUUCAGCCAGUUUUGGCGGUGAAUAAAGAUUAUAAAUAUUUAUACACAUUCCUUGAACUUACAUCGCAUCGAUUUUAAAAUUUAUAUAUUAAAUGAUAAUGAUAAAAGACGAUCAGUAAAAGAAACGGGUGUUGUGAGAAUAAUAUUCGUUGAUUAGAUUUUAUUGACGUACAUUGAAAAUUUAAUCGGAAAGAACAUAUGAAACUAACAA